CAGGACACCUAUCGUCCAGCUAAAUUGUCGAGUCCAUUUGGGCGGAGGCUCCUGGGGGUCUAUUUCUCCCCUCUGCUCUGCCACACAGUCCAAACACCUGUCUCUUCCUCUCAUAUGUAAGGAGCACCACUGUUCUGAGGGACACACGCUGGUCGGCUGUCACCCAAGUGAAGAACAAAGUCAGUUAAGGACCACGAAAGGAAACGCACACACAAAAAAACAAUUGAAGCUGAAGAAACAAAAAAAUCAAGAAGACAUACUGAAAUAGAGUGAUAUUCAGUGAUUGCAGUAUUAAUAAUUACCAGUGAAGGAAGAACAAUCAUUAUGGUCACCUAAAAUAUAUUCAUUAGAAUGCAUAUAUGAAAUUCUGAAGGAAAGUUGCGUAACAAGCAAAUGUAAUGAACUGAAGAUUUUGUAAUGAUACGGCACUUAUGUCUGUAAGGUGACAAUGAAACGCAUACAACAGGUCACAUCAUGGAUCUGAAGUGUCCAUCGAAGGGUGUGAGAGGGAGACAGGGAGAGAACUAGACAGGACUGAACAGGAGGGUUAGGGGUAAGGCCUGUUUAUCACCCCUUCUCUUUAGCUGUCGUGUGAGAGUGCCAAGUCAAAGGCUACACUAGUCAGCAGCGACGAAGGGGAUUCCAACCAAUACCCAGACCAAGAAGUGUUUCUCGAAGGGUAUGUGAAAAAUGGUGUAAAUCCAAUGAAGUUAAAAAUAAACAUUACGGUUGUAUUAAAUGCUUGAAGAAAAGAAUUACAUUAGCUCUGUAACUUAUAUGAAUGCUUGAACACUUCCCACUCAUGCAUAGAAAAUGGACUAAAAUAAGAGCUGUACUUCAGUCGAAACAGUAAUUUUAAAUGCGUGAAGAAGAAAAUGCUCGGAAACUAACAUUACAGUAAUAUUAAAUGCUUGAAGUCGAAGAAAAGAAUUACAUUAGCUCAGAAACAUAACUGAAUGCUUGAACACUUCCCAUUCAUGCGUAGAAAAUGGACUAAAAUAAGAGCGGUACUUUAGUCAAAAGAGUAAUUUUAAAUGCGUGAAGAAGAAAAUGCUCUGAAACUUCUAUGAAUGCUCGAAAACCUCCCAUGAUUAAAAUGGAAUAAGAACAAGAGCUACACUUCAGUCCGCCUGUGACCCCCAAGGUGCGGACAGCCAUGAGGGGCAGCUCGUACGGCCAUCUCACCCCCGGCCAUGGUGGAGGGGGUGUGGGGGGUGUUGGGGGUCAGCUGGGCCUGGCGGGCGGGUGGCUGCUGCGAGUGUCCCGAGUCAUCCCAGCGGUCCUCGUCAUCCUCGUCUUUGCUUCGCUCUGUGCUCAUUACUUCUUGUCUAAGGCUGUGGGUGACUCGGUGCUGGGUCAUGAGCGCCACCUCCUGCUUGACCCCCACGACCCCCUGAGUGACCUGUCGGGCCUCAAGUGUGACAGUGCCAAGGCCAGAGUACAGGAGCUGCUCUCUAUCAAAGCGUCGGUUCUGAACGAGCUGCGUGAUCUUGAGCAGCAUCGGCAGCAGCUGCAGGAGAACAUCGCCUCAGCCACUGCCCGUAUUGAAAACCUGCGGCAGGAGGAAGGGCGCGUCAAGACCGAGCUGGAGAGGCUGAAGACUAGCGUGGAGCAGGCCUUACUAGCGCAGCAGGAGGUGUUUGAAAAGAACAUGCCGCAGAUCUCAGCACCCCGCCGCAUCACAGCCUCCAGCCUCGACAGCGUGGCCCUGCCUAUGCCGCCGCCCCAGGCCGUGGCACAGUGCCGCAUGCAUAACUGCUUCGACUACUCCCGCUGCUCGCUGCUCUCAAACUUCCCCGUCUACAACUAUGACAUGGAGCAGUUCAGGAUCGCCUCCAAUGACCUCGAGGCCUUUGUCAAGAUUACGGUGAAGCAGGCGCUCGGGUAUAAUGCACAGGUGACGUCUGACCCCACGGAGGCAUGUGUGUUCGUGGCGCUGCUUGGGGAGGGUGUCGGUGGCGCCCCAGACCGCGUCAACCUGGAGGAGAGCCUGCACAGCCUGCCCUACUGGGGGGGUGACGGACGGAACCACAUCCUGCUCAACCUGGGCCGCACCUUCUACAGCAAGAACAUGUUUGAGGGCGUCAACACCGGCCGUGCCAUCAUCGUCCAGUCACACUUUGACGCCCGCACCUUCAGGCCGGGGUUUGAUCUGGUCACCCCGCCACUCUUGGGCCUCCCUGGCGGUGACCUCUGGAAGAACCUCCCACCUGUCGUCCCAGCCAAGCGGAGGUACCUGUUGUCCUUCCAAGGGGAGCUACCGCGGCUGAGGAGCUACCUGGAGAAGGGACAUCAGCCACCCCCGACUAGCCCCAGACUGAGGGAGGAGAUGGCGGUGGUGGAGGAGCUGGGCCGCCUGGAGAGCACGCACACAGAUGACCACUUCCUCCUCCACUUCACAUGUCGCGGCAGUGGCGGCUACGGCGACCUGGAGGAGUGGCGGAUGUGUGACACGGAGAGCAUGCGGACACAGGUGCUGCGCGAGUCCACCUUCUCCCUGGUCCUGGCCCCUCCAGCGCCCGUGGAGGUCAGCACCGUCACCCUGCAGGCCAGAAUAUACGAGGCGCUGAAGUACGGGUCGGUUCCGGUCAUCCUUGGAAAUCACGUCGAACUCCCGCUCUCGGAGACGAUAGACUGGCGCAAGCUGGCCCUCCUCCUCCCCAAGGCCAGGGUCACCGAGGUCCACUUCCUCCUGCGCUCGCUCUCGGAUGCUGACAUUCUGUUUAUGCGGCGGCAAGGACGGCUGGUAUGGGAGAGGUUCCUCGGCUCCACGCAGGUGUUGGUGGACUCCAUCUUGGCUACACUGCGGGAACGCCUCAACAUCCCGCCCAUCCCGGCCCCUGAACACCCCUCAAACAGCGUCUUCAAUGACUCCUUUGUGCCACUCAAGACCGACGCCAACAUCCUCGACCCAGACACCGACGAGAACCUUGGACCCAUUGAGCCGCCCUUCCCCUCCAUCGUCUUCAGCCGUAACUACACCGUGUCACUCCUCACCGGCUACGAGCAGUGGAAUGUCUGGGGCGACCCGUUCUACCUCUACCCCAGUCUGCCCUCCAGCCCCCUGCUACCCACCGAGGCAAAGUUCUCGGGGUCCAAGCUUGGGUUCCGUCCCAUCAAUAGUGGCUCCGGGGGCUCUGGGAAGGAGUUCAGCGAGAGUCUUGGAGGGAAUUCGCCACGGGAGCAGUUCACGAUUGUUAUGUUGACGUACGAGAGGGAGCAGGUGCUGCUCAACUCCCUGGCUCGUCUCUAUGGGCUUCCUUACCUCAACAAAGUCAUCGUGGUGUGGAACUCGCCCAAGCCACCCCCGGAGGACCUGCGCUGGCCGGACAUCAAAGUGCCCAUCCAUGUGAUCCGGGCGGAGAGGAACAGCCUCAACAACCGCUUCCUGCCCUACUCGGAGAUAGAGACGGAGGCGGUGCUCUCGGUGGACGAUGACGCUCACCUCCGCCAUGACGAGAUUGUGUUCGGGUUCAGGGUUUGGCGCGAGGAGAGGGACCGCAUCGUUGGCUUCCCCGGGAGGUACCAUGCCUGGGACCUCAACUAUGGGGGGUGGCUUUACAACAGCAACUACUCCUGUGAACUGUCCAUGGUACUGACGGGUGCGGCGUUUUUCCACAAGUACUACGCCAGCAUGUACUCCCACGUCAUGCCCCAGGCCAUCCGCGACAAGGUGGAUGAGUACGUCAACUGCGAGGAUAUUGCCAUGAACUUCCUUGUCUCGCACAUCACCCGCAAGCCUCCCGUCAAGGUCACCUCCCGCUGGACAUUCCGUUGCCCCGGCUGCCCCGUCUCCCUUUCCGAGGAUGACUCACACUUCACGGAGCGGCACAAAUGCAUCAACUUUUUUACUCAGGUGUAUGGCUACAACCCGCUGCUAAACACACAAUAUCGCGUCGACUCGGUGCUCUUCAAGACGCGGCUGCCACACGACAAACAGAAGUGCUUCAAGUUCAUAUGAGGCGUUAGAUCCACCGAGGACGAGUGCGACUACGGACUGAGGUGACGCUAAGGCUCUCAUGUUUGUCUGGGGCGUAGCCAAGAGGGUAGUUCGAGGGUGUUGUGGGUAGUAGAACAGCACCUUAAAAGUCUUGGGUUAUGGACGAGUCAAUUCAUAGUGUCGGUGUUGCAUUUUGAGUCCUGGUUUAUGGGUAGUGUUUUGGGGUGCGGCUGAGAAUGCAGUAUCGUAACUUUUUAUUUUGUUAUUUUUUUUUAGUGAAGGAAACAGCUGAAGGGCAAAAAAAAGAAAACAAUAAUAAAAAAACCCUGCAAAUCACUCAUAUAAAAAGAGUUGAGAGGAGUGGCCAAUAGAGAGGUCAGUUUCGGGAGGAGAGGUGUCCUGAUACGCUCCUCUUGGGAUAUGGCCGAGUGUAUUGUUAUCUAAUUAUGUACCAACCAAGAGGGAGGUUUUUAAGAAGCAAUCAAAGGGUAGCACUAAGAGAGUAGAGGACAAUGUGGCUCGGAAAAGAGAGACAGAAAAAAGAAAACAGCCAGAGUAGCGUUUUUUAAGGGGCA